UUCGCUGCCUCACGUUUUAAAAAAGGGUAAUUACGUAACUUCCGCAAGUUCCGAGAGCCGCAGAGAGAAUAGAGAGAAACCGGUUUCGCUCCAUUAUUGCCGAUCUGAAAAAGCAGAGCAAAAAAGAAGAAGAAGGAGCUUUGUAGUAACAAAUAAAGAAACCACUGCUUCUUGAUUUUGUUGCUGUGAAAUUGGAUGUCUUGAGAGUGCCAGCUGAAUUAGGAUGCUUGAUAGUUGAAAAUAUUGGAGGAAUUUUGAUCUUGAGUGAGGAAGGUUGUGAGAAAGAGGGUCAAGAUUAAGUCUUUUUAAGGUAUAUGGAAGUUGGUUUUCGGUUUAAGAGGUUUCGAUUAGGGGCUGUGGUGGUGUAGUUUGGUGUUGAAGAUAAGCAAUUCGAUGAAUAAUAAUAAUAAUAAUAAUCAGGCCAAGAAUGUGGCAGUGCCGCCCCAUUUUGGCAAUCCCGGGGCUGUGCCGCAAUCUAUUCCCAUUAACCACCAGCCGCAUCUUCUCUCUCAAACACAACCUCAAGCACAAGGUGCAUCGCAUUUUCCUGGGCACUUUCAGUUGUCUGAGCCCCAAGCGCAGGCACUUGCACAGGCACAGUAUGUGAAUGCUCACGCACAAGCUCAAAAUCAAGCCGCCCAUGCCCAAUUUCAGUUGCAAGCUCAAGCUCAGUCUCUUGCCCAAUUACAUAAUGCCAGUCCGGGUGUUUCGUCACCCUCCAUAGCAACGCCAAGCACAGGAACUGCUAAGCGGGCUAACCAGAAGCCACCUUCUCGGCCUCAAGGUUCAUCUCAGGCCAAUACAGGUCCACUGUUUAAAAACAUGGAGCUUACUCCAGCUGCUCGUAGAAAGAAGCGAAAGCUACCUGAUAAACAGAUACCAGAUAAAGUGGCUGCACUUCUGCCAGAGUCUGGUCUAUAUACUCAGUUGCUUGAAUUUGAGGCUCGUGUUGAUGCUGCUUUGGCAAGAAAGAAGGUUGAAAUCCAGGAAUCACUUAAAUGUCCUCCCCGUGUUCAGAAGAUGCUUCGAGUUUAUGUAUUCAACACCUUUGAGAACCAGACACCAACAAAUCCUGAGAAGAAGGAUGCACAUUCCCCUACUUGGUCUCUUAAGAUAAUUGGGAGGCUAUUGGAAGAUGGGAGGGAUCCUGUGGUGGCUGGAAUGCCACAGAAGUCAAGGGUUAAAUUUUCAUCCCUCUUCAAGAAAAUUACCAUAUACUUGGACCAAAGCCUCUAUCCAGACAACCCUGUGAUUUUGUGGGAAAGUGCUCGUUCACCUGCUCUUCAUGAUGGCUUUGAGGUGAAGAGAAAAGGGGAUAAGGAGUUUAGCGCAGUAAUACGAUUAGAGAUGAAUUAUGUGCCCGAGAAAUUUAAACUUUCACCAGCUCUGACUGAAGUUCUGGGAAUUGAAACGGAGACUCGGGCAAGAGUUAUUGCUGCUAUUUGGCAUUAUGUGAAAGCCCGGAAGUUGCAGAACCCUAACGACCCUACCUUCUUCAUGUGUGAUCCCCCUCUGCAGAAAGUUUUUGGAGAAGAGAAGAUGAAGUUUUCUAUGGUUUCACAAAAAAUAUCAAUGCACUUAUCUCCUCCGCAGCCUAUACAUAUAGAGCACAAAAUGAAACUUUCAGGAAACUGUCCAGCUGGAACUACUUGCUAUGAUAUACUGGUUGAUGUACCUACGCCGUUAGAGAAGGAAAUGUCGGCAUUCUUGGCAAGCACUGAGCGGAACAAAGAAAUUGAUGCUUGUGAUGAAUUGAUCUGUGCUUCUAUAAAAAAAAUCCAUGAACAUCGUCGGCGGCGGGCUUUCUUUCUUGGUUUCAGUCAGUCUCCAGCAGAGUUUAUUAAUACUCUGAUUGCUUCCCAGAGCAAGGACCUAAAGCUUGUUGCUGGAGAUGCUAGUCGUAAUGCGGAAAAGGAGCGCCGCUCAGAUUUCUAUAAUCAACCCUGGGUUGAGGAUGCUGUUAUUCGUUACCUGAACCGCAAGUCUGCUGGAAGUGAUGCUCCCGGAAGCACUUGAUUUAGGAGUUUAUUGUCUUUGAAGACGUGGUAGCCAUGUAUUUCUAGUUAUUUUUCUCUCAAGCUUGUUGUGUUGCUUGGUUACCCCAAUCUUUCCUUCUUGUUGGGGACUGUAACAUAACAAAAAUGGUUGAGUAUCUUUCAUUCUUUCUGAUAGAAAUUCUCUUGAAUGUAUUGUGUUCUUGAUGAGAUGUCAGAAGAAAAUAUAUGUAUUUGUUUAGGCAAAA